CAGAGAGCAGCUGAAUUAUCUAAUAGGAAGCGCAGCCCUGAACUGGCGGCUCCCGGCGAAGCCCGAACACACCAAUUUCGCUUAUUCUAAACGUCUUGCCUUCAGCAUCGGUUUCUAACGUAUACACGUGACAGUUAUCUGUGGUAUUACCCCAUUAAAGGGUAACGAGUGCUGUUAAUUAGCGCAGAAUGGCUCUUAAUACAAACAGAAAUUAGCCGAGGUAGCGUCGCUAGCAUUGCUAAAGUAGCAGACCAGCCGGGAGUCGGAGAGGAGAGGACGACGGACUGAAGCGGUGAGCCAGCAGCAGCGGGAUGACCGAGUAUAAGCUGGUGGUGGUGGGAGCAGGUGGUGUGGGGAAGAGUGCGCUGACCAUACAGCUCAUUCAGAAUCACUUUGUGGAUGAAUACGAUCCCACCAUAGAGGACUCUUACAGGAAGCAGGUGGUGAUCGACGGGGAGACGUGUCUGCUGGACAUCCUGGACACAGCAGGACAGGAGGAGUACAGUGCUAUGAGGGACCAGUACAUGAGGACUGGCGAGGGCUUCCUUUGUGUGUUUGCCAUCAACAACACCAAGUCCUUUGCUGAUGUGCAUUUGUAUCGUGAGCAGAUCAAACGGGUGAAGGACUCUGAUGAUGUGCCCAUGGUACUGGUUGGAAACAAAUGUGAUUUGGCCAGAACUGUCGACACCAAACAGGCUCAGGAACUAGCCAGGAGCUACGGCAUAGAGUUUGUAGAAACUUCAGCUAAGACCAGACAGGGAGUUGAGGACGCCUUUUACACCCUCGUUCGGGAGAUCCGCCAUUAUCGCAUGAAAAAGCUCAAUAGCCGGGAGGACAGGAAACAGGGCUGCCUUGGCGUCUCCUGUGAGGUCAUGUGAUCAGGAUGCGUACCACCCCUCCAGAGUUCCCACAGAAGCUCAUUGGCCAGCAGCUGAAUACUUCACGACCACUUGUGACUGAAGAGCUUACAGGAGUGGUUACAAUCUUGCUUCAGCUUUCAAUUGUAUAGCCUGAAAUAGGCCUUGGUAGUGGUAUUUUUGCUGUGUGGCCCCCUGCUGGCUAAAAGGGGUAAAUGCCAACCUGGUCUGCUCUCUGUGUGUGGACUGUAUCAGGCUGCUGUGAUGGAAAAGCGGGGCCAUUUAAGGGACUUUUGGCCCCCCUGAUCACUUUCACAGAUGUGCAUUUAUCUCAUUAGUCAUUAAGUGCUGGGGUUGUACAUCCUCCCUUGUUAUUGAAAAUUUGAUUGGACUUGAUCUUAAUCUAUAGGUUCAGUACUCAGGAAUACUGUGAAGGCAAAAGUGCCUGUAAUAUGUCUGUUUUCAAGUUAGCUGACCCAUUUGACAUCGGACAGAUUCUUACCUUCUUACGUUGUUUCACCUCUUUCUUCAGACUGAAGUUUGAUUCACGUUUGUUGCCGUGUCUGUGGCGUUAAUGGCAUGCAGGGAACUUGGUGCAGUGAUUGGGCACUGAAAAUAGAGCGACUGUUUCCUUUAAGCUGUUGACAAAUGCCUCUAUGUGGAGUCCAUUGUCACAUAAAGCACAGAUAAUGCUACUGACACUGGAACUAUCAAAAAUCAAGCUUUACUCUGAGCUCAGACCUUCACUUUUUGUUGGAAUAGUGUGCCUUAGUAUUUCAAAUGGAAAAGAGAGAUCAUUUGAAUUGGAAACGCUGUGGAAAUGGUUUCACAGAUAGGAUCUAUGGUUGAUCUGAAUAUCAGAUUUGUGUGCCUUUUGUCAUCUUAACCUAUUUUUCUCGCUACAUGACGUCUCUUAUGUUGCCAGUUUAUGGUUUGGGGAUUCUGGAUUGUUAAAACGUUGAGGACUAGUUAUAAUAUAGUCGUACGCUCUCUGGGCCGUGUCUCCCUUAGCAGGGUAUUCUGCAAUCUCUAUUGAUGUAUGUAUGUGCUAAAAUCUGCCCACUGCCUUUUGAAGGCCCCCCAACCCCACCCCCCCAAAAGACAUUUGCCUCUGUAAUUUAAAAAAAUUUGUUUGUUUGUUUGUUUUUGGUAAACUCUGCUCUCUUAACUGUACUUGUUUUGAACAGUGCCUGUUUUCAUAGCUUAUGGUGUCAGUGAUGGCUUUGUAUUAAUAGAACUAAGUCGACAAGGCCAUCAAUCUUUAUUGCCUGGUGCUAAAAUUGUUUCCUUCCCAAAAAAAAAAAGAAUGUUUGCCAAAAGCCAACCUGCUUCUUUUCCACAACAGGAAGUCUUUUCCUGAUCUUUUAGGCUUUAAGGGACUCUCCUCUAAUCAACUAUGGAGUUUUGAAAAUGAAUGGAAAAAUGAUUUUAGUUUUUUUUUUUUUUUUUUCCUCAUAUGUAACACCAUAUCAUUUCCCAACAUGCAAAGUUCUUUUACUAGUAAAUUAACUGUAAAUAGCA